UUCUCACUCCAUGUUUUUACAGCCAAGGAUUCGUUUCUGACUUUCUGCCAGUCACCAUGGAUCAAGUCCUCAAGAGGCCCUGGCUUGGCGUGCUCGUCUUCUUCUGUGCUGCCAUGGUCCCUUCGGAGGGUGGAGAUUCCUGUAAAAUCGUAGCUUAUUUCGAGCCAGACACAAUGCUGCGUAUGGUUCAGGUCACUGUGGUUAAAGGGAACAUUUUGCAGAAAAUGGUGGAGAAGGCCAUGAAAAAUGGGGACAAUAGCAAGAUGAUCAAAGGCAUCAAAGGGUUGUCAAUUAAAGAUCUAAAUAUACCCGAUACUACCAUGAACUUAAAGCCACAGGACGGUAUAAACACGAGCAUGACUGUAAACAUCACAGUUUCUGGGAAAAGCCAAGGAUUCGUUUCUGACUCUCUCUCCAGUCUGUUGUUUAGAAGGAUCUCAGCCACCAUGGAUGUAACUCUCAGGAGACCCUGGAUUGGGUUGCUGGUCUUCUUCUGUGUUCAGAUGGUCCGUUCUGAAACAGGGGAGACCUAUGGACCUCAGCUGAAAAUGGACCCCAAAGCAAUCACACGCAUCGUCCAGGUAGCCAUGACAGACAAGAAGAUUUUGGAUGGAAUGGCAAAAAUGGCAGCAACGAAAAACAAGGCAAUCAAAGGCGUCAAAGGGAUGAAACUUAAAGAUCUCAAACCCCCUGAAAUUUCCACGAAGUUAAUUCCACCCGAGAAUAUACAGACGUCCAUGAUUAUUACCCUCACAGUUGGCGGGAAAAGUUUUAUUGGUGGAAAUAUGGAGAUCACCAUGAAAACCAAAAUGGACAUCAUGAUUAAGAUGACGAAGCACCCCACAAAGAACAUCGCGAUGGAGAAAACUGGGUGUGGACUGCAUCUGCUGGCCUACAAAACCAACCUUCCCAGCAACAUGCUACCAAAGGUGUUGAAUAAGUUUUUGAAUUCCACCCUUGAGAAACUCCUGCCUGGCAUGAUGUGCCCAGCUGCAGACAACGUGAUUGCCUUUAUGGAGACCAAAAUAGAACCCAUGUUUGAAAAAAAAUCUUUCGGAGAGAGCACCACGGUGUGGUAUGAAGUGGCCGAAGAACCAGGAGUCUUCCCAGAUUACAACUUGAUUCAGCUCAAGGUUAAAUUCCAACCCAAUAAUGGGGAAAUCGUAGAAGUCGCACCUGAUCCGGUUCCUGAAGAUCUGCCACCAAAAGAGGAAGGAAAAACUGCUGUCUACAUACCUGUGUCUACCAUCAACGUUGCAAUGAUGUUGAUGGAUGGCUCGUUCAACUCUGUUAUUACCAAAAUUGAGGGUUCCACUCCUACGACUGACCAGCUGAAAGAAAUAUUGCCAGAUGCUGAUCUACCUUCUGGAAAAUACAUGAAAAUUGAAAUAUCUCCAAAAAUGAAUGCCACGUUUACUGUGUCGCCUACCAGAAGCCACAUGACAAUCCGAAUCAAAGCCUCAUUCUUGUCUGUUGAAGAUGGCGCCGAGCUCCUGUCCAUGGACACGGUGCAGGAAUGCAAUGCCAGUUUUGCCAUCAAAGAGGAACACCUGGCCAUCACUCUGAAAGCGGGAUCUUGCAGGUACUAA